CACUGAAAGUGGAGAAACGUAUCCAGAUAACUCUACAUAUUGAAACUGUAAAGCCGCUAUUAAUUUCAUAUUUAUUCAUAAACUCUGAACGGUAUAAAUAUUCAACAAGUACUGUAAACAUUAUACUUUAUUUUUUACAUCUGUACAGUGUUUUUAAUAUUUCAUUUCAUCAAUGUAAUCGAUAAAAUUCAUAUUAUUCAUACAAACACGUUUUCACAUUUAGUAAUUCAGUGUGUGUGUGUGUGUGUGUGUGUGUGAGAGAGAGAGAGAGAGAGAGAGACAGUGAUUAGCCGUGAAAGGACUUGAUUAACACACACAAUAAAGCAGCAUGUCGGCUUAUUAUCUGUGACAAAAUGGUUUCUCGCAGAAGUUCUCGAGGUUUGACCUUUGACCCCUGCAUCUCAUUGAGCUCGUUCAGUAUGCUGUGUGGUUUUUUUUUGUUUUAUUUUUAUUUUUUAUUAUUUUUUUUUUUAGAAGAACGAGGCCCAUGGGAAAGUCUGUUUUUUUUUAAGGUAUUUUUUUUAAUGGGGGAGGGGGUCAUUUGCACUGUGUUUUAUUUAUUUAUUUACUUUAUUUUUCAUUAGAAUGCAAAGUGAACCAGUAAAAUUCCAAGUUAGUAACGUAAACCUGAGAUUAUUUACCUACAUACAUUUUUUUGUUGAAUUUACAUAUUUUAAUAUGGCUCUUAAUUUAAAUAUGUCGAUCAGUGAAUCUUUUUUUUUUUCAGUAUAAGAGUGUUUAUUCCUUACAUUCCCGUGUUUAGGCCAACCGAAUUAGUUACCUAAAUCUGUAUUGACUAGAAUGAGCUCGGCUAGUGAGGAGUAAGAGUGCGCUGAAAUGUGCCGCCUAAAAUACUCCAAAACAGCAGGACUCUGUAGGACACCUACGAAGGGUUAAGAGUCAAACAGAGCUGAACAGAAGCACCGGGGUGUGUGAAAGAGCGGCUGUUCCCUCUGUAGUGAAGAUGAAGUGCACACUAAAGGUCUGAUGGAGUGUGAGACUUGGAGAUGAACUGAUGAAUGGAGGGAGGAGAUGUUUUCUCUCUCUCACUGCUACUCUUUUGUUAGCCGCUUUAUUCUCCUUUUCACACACACACACACACACACACACACACACACACACAUUAUGUGUUUUACUAUGUGUUAACUCCAUAGUGAGCAGAUGGUGGGGGGGGGGUGAGUUAAAAAAAGAAAAGAAAAGAAAGAAAUUGUAAAAGUCUAUUUUAUAGAUGAAGGGAGAGGGAGAGACAGAAAAAACAGGGAGAAAGGGAGAAAAAAAAGAAACACCAGGGAGAAAAAAGAGAGAGAGAGAGAGAAAGAGAGAAUGGAAAAUCACAGAAAGAAAAACAGGGAAAGGGGUAGAAAGAAAGAAAAACAGAAUGAAUAAACAGAGAGCUACAGUAGAAAAAGACUAGGGAAUGUGGACAGAGGGAAAUGUUGUGUGUCUACUUACCUCUUUGUGUGUGUGUGUGUGUGUUUGAACAGGUAAACUGGCAGAGUGGUGGAUGAAGGACGACUAACAAGUGAACGAGUGAAGUGAGAGAUCUGCCUGCCUUGCCAUGGCACUCUGGUUCCUGAAGCGAAGUGGAGACUUCAGCACCAUGAUCACAGUGAUGAGCUUACUGGCGUUGUCUCAGGGGGACGCAGGGGACGAGGGGACGAGUGUGAGAGCCCUGAGGAGGGAGAAGAGAGGAUGGGUGUGGAAUCAGUUCUUUGUGCUGGAGGAGUACGCUGAAGACAAACCACUCUACGUCGGAAAGCUUCACUCAGAUUUGGAUAAAGGAGAUGGCUCUGUUAAAUAUAUUCUAUCAGGAGAAGGUGCAGGAACCACGUUCACACUGGAUGACAGCACUGGUGAUAUCCAUGCUAUACAGAGGCUGGACCGUGAGAUGAAAGAGCACUACAUCCUACGUGCUCAGGCCACUCAUCGCCACACAGGCCGCGCCCUCGAACCCGAGUCCCGCUUCGUAGUCAAGAUCCAGGAUAUUAAUGACAACGAGCCCAAGUUCCUGGAUGGACCCUACCAGGCCACCGUACCCGAGAUGUCUCCUGUCGGUACUUCUGUGAUUCGGGUGACUGCGACGGACUCCGACGACCCAUUGUACGGGAACAGCGCCCGAGUGGUGUACAGUGUUGUGAAAGGGCAGCCAUAUUUCUCCGUGGAUCGACACACAGGCGAGGUGCGCGUGUCACUGCCUGAUAUGGAUCGAGAGGUCAAAGGUCAAUACGAAGUCGUGAUUCAGGCUAAAGACAUGGCGGGGCAGCUGGGAGGUUUGGCAGGAACGACGACGGUCAACAUUACUCUGAGCGACGUCAACGACAAUCCUCCCCGCUUCACUCAGAAGCUGCACCAGAUGAGCGUCCUGGAAUCCGCACCCAUUGGUACUGUAGUUGGCCACGUCCAGGCUCAAGAUCAGGAUUUAGGUAUCAAUGCGGAAAUGCGAUACGGAGCGAUCGACGGGGAUGGACGAGACGUGUUCGACAUCAGCGCCGACUCCACCAACACGUACGGGGUCAUCACUGUCAAACAGCGUCUGGACUUCGAGACGGCGCGGAGCUACACUCUGAAAGUGGAGGCCACUAACACACACGCCGACAAGCGUUUCUCUGCUAACGGGCCGUUUAGCGACGUCGCCACAGUGCAGGUGAGUAUAGAGGACGUGGAUGAGCCGCCGCAGUUCAGCGCCACACUUUAUUAUGCAGAGGUCCGUGAAGACUCUGAGAUCGGCAGCGUGGUGAUCGCCAUCUCAGCCCGAGACCCCGACGCCGCUAACAACUCCGUACGUUAUAUGAUUGAUCGUGUCAGUGAUCCGGAUCAGUAUUUCUCAGUGGGCGUGUCCAAUGGUUCACUGACGACUGUACUUCCGCUGGACAGAGAAGAAAACAGCUGGCAUAAUCUCACUGUGGUCGCCAUGGAGACAAAUAACCCACUGAAGUCAGCGAGUGUAUCUGUGGCUAUAAGAGUUCUAGACGUCAACGAUAAUCCUCCAUCAUUAACUCAUCAUUACGAAGCUUUCCUGUGUGACAACGCAAGAGCAGGACAGCUGGUCCAAUCAUUAAAAGCCGUAGAUGCGGACGAGCCAAUAGGAGGACAUCGUUUCCGUUACACUCUUCCUCCUGAAACACAGAAAAAUCCCAACUUCACCCUCAUAGAUAACCAUGAUAACUCUGCGAGGGUGCUGACGCGGCGGAGUGGCUGGGUGUCUCCAAGUGUGUACUAUAUUCCCAUCACCGUGUCUGAUGGAGGAGAACCAGUCCAAUCCAGCACGCACACCCUGACUGUCCGAGUGUGUCAGUGUGAUGCAGACGGGGAUGUCCCGUCCUGCCGUAACGCUGAACCUUACACACUCCCAGCUGACCUGAGCACAGCAGCGCUGACCACCAUGCUUGCCUGUGGCUCCAUCGUGCUUGUUAUGCUAGUGCUCUUGCUGUUCUUAAGCAGCAGCGCUAAAAAACCUUUCCCCGGUGACGAGGAAGAAAAUGUGCGAGAAAACAUUGUUCAUUACGAUGACGAAGGUGGCGGGGAGGAAGACACAGUGGCGUUCGACAUCACCAAACUGUGGAAGACACACACGGAGGCACUAAGCUACGCUGAACUAGCGCUUAACAGCAGUAAACGACGACACGUUGACAAUAAGGACAUAAAACCAAACAUUACGCUACGACAGGAAAAGCAGCCCGAGAUCCAGAGCCUGUCGUGCUACGUGUCUCAGACAGACGCUAACAAGUACAGUACUAAUGCUAACGGCAGUACCGUGUACGACUAUGUGCUGGCCAAGCUCUGCCAGGUGGACCUGGAUGCCGAAGUGCCGCCGUAUGACUCGCUGCAGACGUACGCCUAUGAAGGCGAGGGCUCCGUCGCCGAGUCGCUCAGCUCGCUGCAGUCUAACGACGAUAACGAACUCGAUUACGAUUAUUUAGACGAGUGGGGGCCAAGAUUUCACGCACUCGCAGAGCUGUACGGCACAAGUGAGAGUAACUUUUAGCACAAAUGUCCAGAAAUAUACCGUUGCCAUGGAGAUACGGCGAAUAGUGCGAUUCUGAAACGAUGACACGUCUGUAACAUCGUUUAUGGAUACAGCACAUGUUUAAUCAAUUUAUUGAUUAUAUAUAAUGAUUCAGUUUAGCAUGAAAUCUCAGACUUUACCAUCAUGCGAUUUUAUGAUUCUUUAGAAUUGACUUGAUUCAGUGGAG